CAGCCGGCCACGCGGGGCGCGCGCAGGAAAGCUAGCGUCCCGCCCAGGAGCCCAGGGGUUCGGCCCGGGAGACAAUGGCUGGCUCCGUGUCGGUGGUUCGGGCGCGGCUGGGCGUCUGGGGAGUGCGAGUCCUGCAGAGCCGGGGUUUCGGCUCCGACCAGUCGGAGAGUAUGAACUCCGGCGCCGGCUCCAUCCGAGAAGCCGGUGGGGCCUUCGGCAAGAGAGAGAAGGCGGAGGAGGAUCGGUACUUCCGAGAGAAAACUAGAGAACAGCUGGCAGCCUUGAAAAAACACCAUGAAGAUGAGAUUGAACUACAUGAGGAGGAGAUUAAGCGUCUGCAAAAACAAAUUGAGCGACAUAAGAAGAAGAUCAAAUAUCUAAAAGAUCAGGAUUGAAUGCACACAGUUCCCUACAGAAUGGCCCGUAUCUUUGCCCACUGCUAUAGAGACAUAGUUCUGAUUAAUAUUUGGUCUGUGUGCUACUAACAUAAUAAAUUAUCAGUGAACUGC